AUGUCUCGAGGCAUGGCGGGAAACAAUGUCGAAAAGCAGCCGCCGCCGCCGCCGCAGUCAAAGCCAGGUCCAGUGUCGUGGCUUUCGCUGCCGCGCAAGGACCAGCUCCUCAUCCUGUUCCUCUGCCGCCUCGUCGACUUUUUGCAAGUCGCCUCGAUGCAGGCCUACGUAUUUUAUCAGCUCAAGCACAUGGACGACUCGCUGUCCGAUGCGAGCAUCGCCAAGCAGGCCGGCCUGCUGCAAGCGUGCUUCACGGGCACGCAGGUCAUGACGGCGAUGCUCUGGGGCAAGGCGGCGGAUGCGCCCUGGUGCGGCCGCAAAUCGGUCGUGGCCAUCGGCUUAGCGGGCACGGCGGUUAGCUGUCUGGGGUACGGAUUCUCGACGACCUUCUUUUGGGCCGCGUUCUGGAGAGCCUUUGGCGGCGCCGUCAAUGGCACCGUUGGGGUCAUUCGCACCAUGCUUUCCGAAAUCAUCAAGGAAAAGAAAUACCAAUCACGAGCCUUUCUCAUUCUCCCCAUGAGCUUCAACGUUGCUGGGAUACUAGGUCCAUUCUUCGGUGGCAUGCUCGCCUCGGCGGGCACAACAUUGCCGGGCGUGUUUGGAACUGGGGCGCUGCUGGGAUUCCGUUGGGUUCAGAAAUACCCGUUUGCGCUGCCGAGCCUCAUGAAUGUGCUUGCGCUCUCGCUCGUCACUCUCACCGUCAUGCUUUUUCUGGAAGAGACGUCACCUUCUCGGCGACAUCUCCACGAUCCGAGCCUUGCGGUUGGCCAGCGCAUCGCACAGAGGCUCUUCGGCAACAAACCGAGUACUAGCUACUCGCGCCUCACGGCCACCGAAUCGUGCGCGCUCGACGACAUGUCUGACCAGCAGGCUGAUGCACCGCAGCCGGCACCGCGCCGUCCUCCCACGAUACGUCGCCUCCCAUUUUCCCGCCUCUGGACCUCCAACGUCAUCUUCACGCUCAUCACCACGGCUUUUUACGACUUUCACCUCGGCGCCUUUGGCAACAUCUGGUCACUGUUCCUCUCCACGCCGCGCUACAUUGACUCCGCCGCGGCCUCGUCCGCGAAGCGCAGUCUCCCGCUGCUCUUCACCGGCGGCCUGGGCAUGCCCGCCGCGACCGUCGGCAUCGCCACGUCGUUUCUCGGCAUCAUCGGCAUGGGCCUGCAGCUGACGAUGUACCCUUCCGUGCACGCGCGUCUCGGCACCAUGCGCUCCUUUCGCUGGUUUCUCCUCCUCUUCCCCGUGUGCUACUUUAUGGUGCCUUAUCUCUCCAUCCUGCCGUCGACGAGCGACGGCAGGUCCGACGCCGCGGCGUCCGGCCCCUUGGUCUGGCUGGGCAUCCUGUGGGUGCUACUCCUCGCCGUGGCGGCGCGUACGUUUACCCUGCCCACCAGCAUCAUCCUGCUCAACAACUGCAGCCCCCACCCGAGCGUCCUCGGCACCAUUCACGGCCUCGGCCAGAGCGUGUCGGCGGGCUUCCGCACCGUCGGGCCCGUCGUCGGCGGCUGGUGGUACGGCUACGGGUUGGAUAUCGGCAUGGUCGCCUGGGGCUGGUGGAGCGUGGCUCUCGUCUCGGCCGUGGGGUGCCUCACGGCGCUGGGCAUGUACGAGGGAAGCGGCCACGAGGUGCGUCUUGAGGGGGAAGACGAGGAGGAAUAG